CUCACUGCCUUCUUUGCAGCUGACAUCCGUCUGGGAAAGCUGCCCUUCCCCGCCAACAGAGAUUGGGAGCUGCCGGAUCUCUCUGCCUUGACUCCUUGGCAGGCUGCCGUCCGUCUGGGAAAGCUGCUCGCAGAGCCUGGGGCUGCGCUAGGAGAGAGAGAGAGAGCGCCCUGAUCUCUCUGCCUUGACUCCUCUCCGCAGGCUGCCUGUCCGCCUGGGAAAGCUGCCUUUCCCCACCAAUAAGAGGGCUUGACAACAGCUGACCAGCCAGCCCAGGGCAUGUGAAUCCUUCCCUGGGGGUGGGUGUGAAGGAAAUUGUCACGCAAGAAGUCUCGUGGAGUGGGGGUGAGGAAAUCGGCUCGCCAUGCCGGUGGAGACCUUCCAAGCCAGCCGUGGCAUGGCCACGGUGACGGCCACGGCCCCCUUCACCUCUGCCAUGCCCUUCCGCAUCCUCAACAAGGGGCCCGAAUACUUCCGCCGGCCCCCGGCCAGCGUCUCCCGGAAGCUCAGCGCCGUGGAACGCCUGGAAGCGGACAAAGCCAAGUAUGUCAAGAGCCAACAAGUGGCCACCACCAAACAGAACCCUGUCCGGCCAUUGGUGCUCAAGCAGCCACUCUUCACCCCCGGGGUCAGGCGGGCAAUGUUCGCCCCCAACCGGAAGGUCCCUCAAGCGGGGCGGCGGGGAGAAGGCGGCGGCGCCAAAUCGUCCCUCAACUUGGAAAUCCUCAACAACCUGAUCAAUUUUUGCGACAGUCCCCUUGCCUUCCCCAAACCAGAGCAGAGCCCUUCGGACAGUCCGUGGCUCCCCAAGGUCCACGGCCGGAAUCUGGACAGCCUGCCUUCCACCCCUAAGAACAAGGCCGCGACCGACAUCAGCAAACACUCCCAAAGUUCGGCAUCUUCCAAGCCGUCCAGCACCGUAGCCGUCCGCCGAGUGGACGUCCGGCCUUGCGGGGUGUCGACGGCCAGAAGUCCCCCCGCUAUCCAACUGUCUCUGCUCCCUGUCCCGCCUACGCCCCCCCAAAACCUGCCUGCCACCCCUCUCCGCUGCCCAAGCCCGAGGGGAGAGCCGCAGACCGAUAGCGCCAAACGCCAGACCUUGUUACACCGGUCCAAAUCGGACUUGAGCGACCGAUACUCGCGGGCCACGGCCGACUUGGAACGCUUCUUCAACUACUGCGGCUUGGAUCCCGAGGAGGUCGGAGACAUGGAGAUGGAGCGGUUCACUCGAGCCAGCUCGGACAUUGUGUCCGUCAAGUUCCACAGCGUCAGCACCAGCAGCUCGGCCGGGACUCCUUCCCAGCGAAGCACCAUCACCGUGGAGGACAGGCAAGCGGAACGCAUGCCGUACGGCAUCUCCAUCGUCGAACGCAAUGCUCGAGUCAUUAAGUGGCUUUAUGGACUCCGGCAGGCAAAAGAGGCCCAGAAGAUAUCCAACGUAUAGCGGCAGCUGCUGGUGGGGGGUGGGAACUCCCCAGCGGUGAGGGGACGAGUCCCUCAACCCUGUCCAAGGCUCUUGGUUUCAGUUUGCAACUUGAG